CAUCUACCUCGACGAUAUAGACUUGCUCCUGAGAUGGCACUGCUGUAUAGUUUGGAUCAACAUGGUAUCAGUCUAUCGACACUAUAUCAUCUUGUCAAAAAUAACAAAGGGCCCUGUGUACUAGUGAUUAAAGAUGCUGACAAUAAUAUCUUUGGUGCUUAUCUUAACGAAUCAUUAAAACCAGGUACGCGUUACUAUGGCACAGGUGAAUGUUUUCUAUGGAAAUGGCAAACACCGGAAUGUCAAAUUACAGCUUACAAAUGGACAGGAAAAAAUGAUUACAUGAUACUUUCAGAACCAGACUUCAUUGCCAUUGGUGGAGGUGAGGGUGUCUUUGGAUUAUGGAUAAACUCGGAAUUAGAGAAAGGAUACAGUCAAUCAUGCCCUACAUUUGAUAAUGAACGAUUAACACCAAGACCAGAAUUUGAAUGUAUAGAGUUAGAGAUUUGGGGUUUCCGUAUUUGA